AUGGCACCCACUUCUUGCCGCUACUCCUGUUUGCCCAUGGAUGAGUACCCCAAGAAGCUGGAGGACCGCAAGCUGCCUGUGUGGGUGGGGAUUGUGGGGAUCCUGCUGGGCCUACUGGUGGUGGGUCUGUCUGUGGCGGUCGGCAUUCUCGCUGCCAAGGCCAAUAGCCCAGCUUGCAAGGAUGGCCUUAGAGCUGAGCGGGAGUGUCGAAACAUCAACCACCACCUGAAGCAGGAGCUGACCCAGGCCGAGGGCGCCUUGCAGAGGACUGAGGCCAAAGUUGUCACCUGCAACCAGACUGUGGAGACCCUGAAGAUUUCCCUGGAAGAGGAGAAGGCUCGGGGCCGCAAGCAGCAGGAGCUGGUGCAGAAGCUUCAAGAGGAGAUCAAGACAGUGAAGCAGUCGCUGCAGGACAAGUCCCAGGAGCUGGAGCAACUAAGACGAGAGAAUGAGGCCUUGGUCUCUGCCAAGUGCCCCCCCAACUCUGGGAUCAGCCUCUGCCUCUCUGUGGCCCCUGUGCUCCUGACCCUGAGCCUCCAGGCCCUACUGGCCUGA